CUUCAGUCCCACACUAACCCUAAGUGUCGAGUCUUUCGACUCCCCCCGCCGCCUCCACCUCGUCGCCCCGCCACGCCGAGCUCACCAUCAUCGCCGCCCUCCGCCACAAGAACCUCGUCCAACUCCUCGAAUGGUGCGUGGAAAAGGGCGAGCUCCUAUUAGUCUACGAGCUUAUGCCACACGGCAGCAUCGACAAAGCCCUCCACCACGACGACGGCGGCGGAGGAGUGCUCCUCUCGUGGGAACAGAGGCGAAACGUCGCCGUCGGUCUAGCCUCCGCCCUGGCGUAUCUACACCAGGAGUGCGAGCAGCAAGUGAUUCACAGGGACAUCAAAUCGAGCAACGUGAUGUUGGACGCGAAUUUCAACGCGAGAUUGGGCGAUUUCGGAUUGGCGAGGCUGAUGGACCACGACAAGAGCCCCGUUUCGACCCUGACGGCGGGGACGAGGGGGUAUCUUGAGCCGGAGUAUCUCCACUACGGCAAGGCGACGGAGAAGACGGAUGUGUUCAAUUAUGGAAUCGUGUUGCUUGAAUUGGCUUGCGGGAGGAGGCCGAUUGAGAGGUAGGCGGAGAGCCAGAGGAUGGUGAAUUUGGUGGAUUAGGUUUGGGGAUUGUAUGGUGAAGGGAAAAUUUUGGAAGCUGCUGAUGAGAGACUCAAGGGGGAGUUUGAGAUUAAAGAUGUGGGCGAUGGCGGUUACCGGUCAGUUAGGCAGCUAAACCGAACCGACCUUCAGAUUUUUGGUUGCCCCGGUAAACCGCACCUAAACCAAAAACCAGCCGGUCGGUAUGCGGUUAACUGGGACUGCUGGGACGGUCGGUCGACGGUAGCGGUUGGUCAUGUCUCGGUUGAACCGAUACCGACCGGUUGCCACCCCUACGUGUCGUAUACUCGAAUAUGAUGAGCUAGAAUAAAUUUACUGACAGUCU